CUUGGCUGGACGAAAAGGAACGAACCAGAAAAAAAUGAGCCUCGUCAAAGGAAACACCAAUCUUAACACCUUAACAAGCACCAAAGGUCAAUCUUGGUAAGCUAUUCAAUUACGAUUCCUGUCUUUCAAUCUUUCAUAAUAUUUCCUUGUGUUGAUUAUCAGUCCUACCUGCAAGCUUUCCAAACAAAAAUAUAACUCUUAUAGGUGUGUAGAAACAAAGUUACGAAGUGACAUGAUUGUAGAGGUUGACGAUGUGCUCUUUCAUCUUCAUAAGUUCCCAUUACUGUCGAAGAGUGGUCGACUGAACAAGCUUGUGUUCGGAGCCCGAGACACGGAGAACGAGUACAUAAAGCUGGAGGAGUUCCCAGGAGGAGCAAAAUCAUUUGAAUUAGCAGCAAAGUUCUGUUACGGAACGAUUCCGCUUCACAUGAGUGCAUCCAAUGUGGCGGCGCUUCGGUGUGCGGCGGAGUAUCUGGAAAUGAGUGAGGAUUUGGGACAGGGGAACCUCAUCUCCCGAACAGAAGAGUUUCUCAGUUAUGUAGUAUCGGUGUCAUGGCUCGACUCCAUCACCGUCCUUAGGAGCUGCGCCCACCUUUCUCCCUGGGCCGAAGAUCUGUACAUUGUGCAGCGAUGCGUGGAAUCCAUUGCAUGGAAAGCAAGCACAGAUCCCACUCUCAUUACGUGGUCAUUCACUACUAGUAGUAGUGCCCACCACCAAUACACGCCCCCUACUCCUCUGAAAUGUAAACUAGAUCUGCAAGGGCAGGUUACCAAUUCUAAAACCAUCCAAAGUGCAGAGGAAAUAUAUGUGAAUGAGAGCACCGAUUCAACAGAAAAUGGGCAAGCGAAAAUCGAGAAGCUGAACGAGGAAUUAAGCAAUCUUAAGAGAUUUUGCGAGAGUAUAGAGCAGAAGUUGGGAAAUAUUUGGAGGCCCUCUGUGUGGAGGUUCCCUUGGAACAAACGCAAAACAUCAUUCAGUGCACGCAGUAAUAAUGUGACCCCGUUGCCAAGUCCUCCUCCGAAAGAGGGUCGAACAUGGAAUCCUAUGAAAUGGCGAACGAAUUCAUUAUGAAUUUUUUUCUUGUAGAAAUACCUGAACUGUAUGGGGUCAAACAGUGAAAUCAAAUUCUCCUCAUUUAGCUUGAGGGUUGCCCUUGGGACUUACCUUCCAAAGUUACUAAGG